UGCCUGCUAUUUUUGUUGUAAAGCUAGUGAUUCAUUGUUUCUAUGUACUACACGAAUUUUUCUCGUGAAUUAAAGUUUUAAGAAAAGUCAGUGAGAUGCAUUAGUCAUUCAAUAAAAGUGAUAAGAUUCAAUAGAACUAUGUCCAAAGUUUAUUUAUUGCCAAUAAGUUGCUUCCUAUUAUUUCAAUUAACAUUUAUAAUAACAUACAUAGCGUCAGUUCUUGAAAAUCAUGUAGUUCCAGAUAUUCCUUACAUUUCUGACUCAGCUACUUAUAGUCCUGAGUCAUGCAUAUUUGGACAGUUAAUUAAUACGGGAUGUGUGAUUCUGGGGCUGACGAUUUAUAUCCGUUAUAGGCAGAUAAUUCAUGUUACGGAUCAUCAUGAAGUUUUGAAGGAUCUAGUAGAUCACUUGAAUAAACGUGCUCUAUAUUUUGGAUAUAUGUCCUGCUAUGGAAUUAGUAUAGUCGCUAAUUUUCAAGAAACUAAUGUCCGAUUAAUGCACUAUGUCGGAGCCUUUUCAGCCUUUGGGAUGGGUACGUUGUACUUUUGGUACCAAACAAUCAUAUCACAUAGACUUGAGCCAUAUGUCACUGUAAAGAGAGCUUUAUAUCGAAUUAUAUUGUCAGUAUUUUGUACAAUUUUCUUCUUCGUUGUCGCAAUCUGUGGUGUUAUAUCACAUAUCCUAUUUGAAGGAAGUGAUCCUAGACAUUGGUAUCCUAGUGAUGGAGGUUGGCGUUAUCAUGUAGCUUCAUCAGUAAGCGAAUGGAUAGUCGCUACAAUUUUUAGUUUUUAUAUUUUGUCAUUUUCUGAUGAAUUCAAGUUCAUUGAAUUUGAGCAUCCCGAAAUAUCAUUUGUGAUUUUUGAUAUCGAGCAUGUUGAACAAGUUGAAUCUAGAGUGCUUGUUGAAUGUGCUGAUGAAGAAGCUGAUGCUUAAGGCUGAUUUUCAAGCUUUACAUAUAAUCUCAAACCAAAAUAAUAAUGUAAUCUAUCCCAGUUUUUGAUAUUUAGUAGUGUUAUUAAAUAUGUUUAAAUUAAGAAAAAUAACGGUAAUAAAAUAUUUAAAUUGAA